AUGGUGGAUGGUGAAAAGGGCCUUGAUGACGAGCCGAGAGAUACUUACAGGGUCGCUUACAUCGUCCAUUUCUUGCUCGGGGCCGGGAGUUUGGUCCCGUGGAACUCUUUGAUCACGGCCGUCGAUUACUUUGGUUACUUGUAUCCUGAGAAACAUGUUGAGAAGACUUUCACAGUGGCUUACAUGAGCUGUUCUGUGUUGGUUUUGUUUGUGAUGAUGAGUUGUGGUUUCUGCACUACGAGGCUGAGUUAUAGGCUGAGGAUGAACUUGGGUUUUGCCAUGUUCAUUGCUUCUGUAAUGGCGUCUCCCAUCAUAGACUGGACUUGGAAGAAAGGCGAAAGAGAUGAGAAUGUUUCUUACAUCUUGACCGUUGGAUCCGUUGUUCUUUGUGGUUUGGCUGAUGGAUUGGUCGGAGGAAGUUUGAUUGGCUCAGCCGGAAAGCUUCCCAAACAGUAUAUGCAGGCGGUUUUCGCGGGCACUGCCUCUUCAGGUGUUAUCGUGUCCGUCCUGAGGAUUACGACUAAAGCUUCCUUGCCACAGACACCACAGGGGCUCCGAGCAAGUGCCCACUUCUAUUUCAUCGUCAGUUCCACCAUCCUCUUCUGCUGCUUCCUAUGCAACAAUUUGCUUUACAAGUUACCCGUGAUGCAGCAUCAUAACAAGCUUCUUUUCCGAGAUGAACCCUUGUGUUCAACUACGAGGAUUUGGGAGGUCGGGAAGAAGAUCAGGUGGCCAGCUUCGGCGAUCACGAUGAUAUACACAGUGACACUGUCCAUAUUCCCUGGAUUCAUCGCUGAGAAUCUGAAAUCCCGACUUCUGCAGAGUUGGUAUCCUAUUAUGCUCAUCACAGUGUACAACAUCUCGGAUUUCGUGGGCAAGUCUCUCACCGCCUUAUAUCUAUGGCAGAGCAUAAAGAAUGCGACCUGGGCUUGUGUGGCCAGGCUUCUCUUCUAUCCUCUCUUCUCUGCUUGUCUCCGUGGACCCGAGUGGCUUAGGACAGAGAUUCCGGUGGUUGUCCUGACGUUCCUGCUCGGCCUGACUAACGGUUACCUCACGAGCGUGCUUAUGAUCAUGGCUCCUAAAUCGGUUCCUGCAGCAGAGGCCGAGUUAGCAGCCAUCCUCAUGGUUGCUUUCCUCGGUGUCGGCUUAGUCAGUGGCUCAGUUCUUGGUUGGGUUUGGCUCAUCUAACAUUGUAUAAACCUGAAAUCCUUUAUCUGCAAAUCAAACUGAGCAAAGAAUAUUUCAUUCUUAAAGCAGAUACAACCAUUGAUAGUUCUCAUGCUAAUCCAAUGUAACCACAUGAAUCAUUAUCUGCA